AUGGUCGGAUCUCUGUUGAGCUACAUCGGACUUGGUGGCGCUGUCCCAGCCUCACCACCACUAGAGAAUGGCGCCGUUCGCGCCCUGCCUGGAAACUGGUACUCAUCAGAGGAGAUGUAUCAGCUGGAGAGACGUUCCAUCUUUUCUCGUCGAUGGCUCAUCCUCACACACAAGUCAAGACUUGCGAAGCCCGGUGACUGGCUCCGCUACAACUGCGCUAACUAUGACUUCGUUGUCUCUAAGGACCGCGACGGCGAGAUCCAUGCUUUCCACAAUGUUUGCAGGCACCGAGCCUACCCUGUUGUCGAACAAGAGGAGGGUAACUCGAAGAUUCUCUCAUGCAAGUACCACGGAUGGUCAUACGGUCUGAACGGCAAGCUUGCAAAGGCCCCGGGCUACCAAGAGCUCAAUGGCUUCGACAAGGCCAAGAACGGUCUCUUCCAGAUCCAUGUUCACAUCGACCCCAACGGCUUCAUCUACAUUAACAUGGACUCAAACAAGGUGCCAGAAGUCACAUGGGAUGAGCAGUUCGAAGGCACCGACCAACAGGAGCGAUUCAAGCAGUUCGACUUCGACGACUACGAAUUCGACCACUCAUACACCAUGGAAGGCAACUUCAACUGGAAGAUUCUUGCGGACAACUUCAAUGAGUGCUACCACUGCAAGACAACACACCCCGACCUGCCUGCGAUUGCCAACCUCGAGACCUACGACGUUCAGUGCUCAGCGGAUCACAUCGAUCAUGACCCCAAGAGCAACCCAGAGCAGGUAAAGCAGGGUCUCAACAUCUGCUCCACAUAUCUCUUCCCCUACUCCUCCUACACCGUCAGCCCACACUUCAUGUUCAUGCAGAAGUUCAUGCCCUCUGGCCCUAACCGCUGUGUCAUGUACUACGAAGUCUGGAAGAAUCGCAACAGCACACGCGAGGAGUUCGACCGCCUCAACAUCGUCUACAAGCGUGUCAUGGCCGAAGACAAAGUACUCUGCGAGCGCGCGCAAGAGAACAUCAACGCCGGCGUCUUCAUCAAUGGCGAGUUGCAUCCCCACAUGGAGAAGGGGCCUCUCUUCUUCCAGAAGCGGUGCCGCGAGAUCGUCAUGGAGCACGCAAAGAAGGAGAAGGCGGCGGGCAAGCAGAUCUGGCCGGCUAGACAGGCGCUGGAGAAGGAUGGUAACUCGGCGAUCAGCAAUGAGGAUGUUGACUUCUGCGAGGGACUGGCGUGUGGUAAUGACAAUGAUAAGAGCGAGUUGGCUUGGUAA